AUGCAAGCCCAAAGUCUUUGUAAUCUUCCUGAAAAUCCAUUACGAACAGCCUAUGACAAAUUCACCAAAGUUCAGAGUGGUGCAUAUGAACUCGAAGAUAUUGAGGUGCCCGAAAUUAAGAUCGACACACAUGGUCGCCCAACAGGUCCCAAGAAGGACAAGUCGAAAGACAAAUCUGCACUUCGAGAUCCUUCGAGUUUUGAUCCGAAACCAAAAGCUCCCCGAAAACAAAAGAAUCAUGCAAAAACAAAAGCUCCGGCAAAAACAAAAGCUCCCCGCAAGUGUAGUAGGUGUAGAGAAGCUGGACACACUAAAAACAAGUGUUCACUUGUAUCUCGACCGCACAAUCCAACUUUGGAAGAGCUUCAAUUUGAUCAAGAUGAAAAUACACAGAACAAUGAUUCCACCUCAGAAUUCAGUCAAACCCUUCGACAGAUACCCGAGCAGCUUGAUGAUGACUCAGUCUCCAAAUCUCAAGACGGGAACGACAAUGAGGCACCUAUAUGCCCUUUCUGCCAUGACCCUCUUCCAUCAAAGCUUUCAGAAAAACUUCAAAGACUCCUGGGAAUUCUGCUCAAACGAUCACACAGGGUCUCUUUUUUGCUCUCUGAUAGCAUAGCAUUCUGUGCAAUGCAUGAUGAAGAGGCCAAAUAUGUUCCCAUGGGGAUCGAGAAUGGGUGGCCUCUAUCGAUUCAUUUCGAUGAUCUAUCCAAACGUGUAGAGAAAUACAUACCGGAUCUGAAACAGAUCAUCAAUCAUCAUAUUGAAAGCACUUACUUGACCGGCGCGCUACACAUCUUACAGAGAUAUGGUGCACGUCGAAUGGAUAGUGUUUGGUAUGGAGAUCUCACUUUUCAUCUUGAACAACCAGGAUACUAUGGAGGCAGAGGGUUAGAAAUUAUCUAUCGAACUCUUCAUUGGCAUUUCCUGCGCCAUCAAGCCCCAGAUCAACUUCAUUACAUAAAAGACGCGCCUCUCAGUCCUGAAAGCUGGGUUCGUACAGUUAUGAUCCCCGAGGUUUCUUUGAGACUAAUCGCGGAGGAUCUCAAGGUAUCCAUUUUGGAUCCUAAAGCUAAAGAUACGCUCGAGAGCUCUCGAGAAUAUGGGAUGGCUAUGUUUCCAGCCGACGAUGAUAACUUUUGA